GUCUUAUUAGUAUCGUUGAUCCUCUGGUUCACGCCAUGCUGCAAUAACACCUGGUCUUCUUUCUCCAUUGACUGUAAUAUAAAUCAACGAGCAUUCAUUGGUAUCUCACCUAUCUCAUGGUCCUCCCACAUGAUUUCUAGCGGUCAACCAUUGUUGUGGAAACAGUCUGGUAUACAACAGACUGGUUCCGCACUGCGGAAUACCAACCACCAUGGGAGUCGACCCCCUCUCUCCUGUUGCGCCCGUACGCUUGAAUGUGCUCUUAUUGCCCGUCGGUAAGAUCAGGCGAUCGAGAUUCCUGGCCUUCGCUGCGAGACUACAAGCUGAGAAACAUGUUCGCCUCGGCGAUGUUAGUCCGGACACACGCCCAAAUCGCAACACAUUUACGCCAUUAGCAUUUCCCAAUGGAAUGAUCCUAUACAACAUAUCCUUCUCGGUGCCGCCCACCUCACAUUUAGAGCUAUUUCCCUUCGAAGUUUUCCGAGAACCAUUGGUCGUCAUUGCUAUUGCAGACGGUGUGGAACUACACAAUGACAAACCUGACAACGAGGAAAAUUCUCAGAAAGGAGACAGUCAUCCCAGACCCGAUGGCUUAGGUGACCUUGUACGAGAGCUAGAAUGGAUCAAGGAGCAUAAUCCUAAGGCUCUCGUCAGCCAAUUGCUCAUAUUCGAAUAUGAAGGCAUAAACAAAUUGACAAGUGGGCCAGAUGAGGUUACAUGGGUGCCUGGUCCUCAAUCUUCGAGACCGACAACCAUCAAAACUGUCCUAUGCGAUAUCACUUCCGUGCUGCUCGGGGAACUAGACGAGUUUGCAAAGCUUAUGCAAAGCAUCCCCGCUAUUGAUUCGCCAAAGGCUUCCUCAUGGGGUCCUCGUCGAGCCCCAGAGCUGCGACCAAGCCCUGUUGAUAAGCUCAUGCACAGAAUGACUAUGCCUGCCCAACUUCCAGUAUCCAAUGGGGACUCGGAAUCAGCAGCCAGCUCUAGUAGAUCCUCACCAGCUCCUAGGGGUCAUGACUCACCAACCACGUUCGACGAAAUCACUCGAUCUAUACAAGUUGCCAAUCGCUCAAAUUCUACCGGGAGACCUCCAUCUUCUAAGGAAACUAGUCGUGAUCGAAUGUCUGUCCAGGGACUUAGUGCUGCAGACCGCACAAAAAGCAGAAUAAAAGGCCGGCUUGGCGUUGUAAUUGGUACUCUCUACCUACAGACUGGACGAUGGCCAGAUGCCUUAAAGGAACUUGUUGAAGCUGCCACGAUGGCCCGAGCUAGCAGUGACUAUGUCUGGCACGGGAAAGCUCUAGAAUCCAUUCUUUUGUGUCUUUUAAUGUUCGGCUGGGCAGGAAUGGACUUUCAGAUUCCCCAAAUUUGCUAUCCUGUCGCAGAGAAAUCUAGCUCUAAAUCAUCGUACGCGGGCUCUGUCAACGUCACCCAGGAUUCAUCAGGACCUGGCCAGUCGAUUCCAGGAAAUCGAUCUAUAUCCUUACAGAAUUUGGCUAAUCUAGUCCCUGACCUUUGCAACAACAUCAUCAAUUUAUAUAAUCGUGCUUCUAUCAUAACAGAUGAGCCUUUGCCAGCCUUGGUCUUUUCGGAAACAGUUAUACGUUUAUCGCGUCUACUUUCUGCAAUCAGGUUAAGGGAUGGCAGUCUGGAUGACGAUGCAUUGAGACAUGUUGUCAUGAAUGAACGUCUUGUAUCGGUGCAACAACCAGAGCGGCCACGAGGAGCGCCCAUUUUGAAAAAUACCGAAAUAGCCAAUUUUCUAUUCCGUGCUUUACCUCUCCAGGCCAACGCGGAAUUACCUACGACCGAUGCAGUGCCGAUUCUUGUUGGUAUAGCUUCCGUCCUGUCGACCUUGGGCCUUCCUCGUAAGAAAGCAAUGGUUCUCAAAGAAUUGAUAACACUUAUGGUUCCGGGUUUAGUAGAGGCUCGGAAAAUUGGCGCCGCCGAAGUUGGAAUACACCCCGCUGCAGGUCUCUCGUCUUUGAACGAUACUGCUUUUGAAAUAAAUGCACUAGAUGCAGGUCGCGGGAGCAUGGAGGAAAGCACACGUGCUCUUUUGGCCUUAAUUGGAGAGACAUAUGGGAUCCAGCCUUCUAUAUAUCAAGAACAUAAAAGAAGCAAAACCACGUCCAGGCCCUCAUCGGCUAUAAACGGCGAAAUAAGUGAGAAGGAGCAUGACUCUAUUGCAUCUAUAGCUGACCGCUCUUUCCGUCAUGUUACGCUCGGUGGUUGUGGCGACUUGAAUUUGAAAAUUGCCAUCCUCAGACUGUCAAUCAAUCUCUGCGAAGCACUCCCCGACUUUGAAGGUGUUCUUCAGUAUACCGUGGAACUCCUUCAAACAAUUCGAGGACAUCUGAUGCUCCCAGAAACAAAUGAAUCCCCGCCUAUACUUUCUCCGGAUGAACAGAUGCGACUCCUCAACAACAUAAAACGAACUGUUGGUGCGGCACGUACAUUAGGUGCGGCUCAUCUUGAGUCAGAGUACUGGGAUGACUUUCUGGUCCGCGGUAUUGUGCUUCUUGAUGUACCGGAAUUCAAAAAACCUUUCCGAAGAUCGAAGAAAGAUUUGCAUGCCGCGAACGUUCCAACUGAAAAAUCGAAAAACGACCCAUUUCUUUACAAUCCAUUUGCUAAGUUGGAUAAUAAGACAUCUGAUUCAUUAAUGAUUGCCAAAGAAUCUGCAACAUUCAAAGUGACACUUCAAAACCUCUACGAGUUCGACCUGGACAUAGAAAGUUUACGCCUGCAUAGUGAUAAUGGUGCUUUGAAAGCCCAAGUAUCGAAUAUUUCGAUCCCUCCUCUAUGUUUGUAUAAUAUCCUAGUUCCAGGUGUGGCAGAAAAAGAAGGUACAUUAAGCAUCAGCGGUUGUACUGUCAAGGUGAGGAAUUGUCGAUCACGAACAUUUCCAAUAUUCGCGAAACUCUGGCAACCGACCCCUGAAACAAAACUCAAACGGACCGGCUUAGCAGCGAAAGAGCCCUUCACAGAACGGCCUCUAUCAUGGAGUUCAACCGUUUCAAAAGACGGAAAGGGUUUAGUCAAACUCGGGCCAGAAACUCAUACCUGCACAGUCAAGGUUAUUCCCGAGCAGCCCUCAGUCGUCGUACAUUCAACGUCUCUAUCUCAAUCAGCAAUGAUGAUUUUAGAAGGCGAAUACCGAUCUUUCGACAUAACUUUGCAUAACACUUCAUCAUGUGCCGUUAAUUUUAUUCUUUUCACUUUCCAAGAUUCAACAACUCGUCAGCUACAGGGUGCUUUGGGCAAUAAGGAUCUACUGCCUGCAGAAGUAUAUGAGCUUGACCUCCAGUUAUCCUCAAAACCCUCCUUAUCAUGGAUACGACAUGGCCAAAAUCUAGGUGAUGUCAUGAUUGAGCCGGGACAACUAGCUACUUUCACCGUGGAAGUGUUUGGUAAACCUGGGUUACAGGAUGCUGUUGUCCAGAUUGAUUACUGUCGUCUAGAAAGCCCCACGGAUGGAAUUCCUGAAACGUUCUAUACUCGGCAACUCUGUGUUCCUGUGACGGUAACAGUGAACGCAAGUGUUGAAAUUGCACGCUGUGACAUUGUCCCUAUUCCAGGCGAUAUUGCUUUUUUCAACAAGCGAUCAGGAGCAUCGGCAGCAUCAUUAGACGUUGAUCAACCAAAAUCCUCACCUUUGUUAGAAAGCUACUCUUCUCAAGUGACCACUGCUCUUUCUCGUCUCGGUGGGGACUCGUAUGGAUCAGAUCACUGUCUUGGGGUUUUAGACCUUCGUAAUGCAUGGCCUAACCCCCUUGCCGUUGCUUUUGAUGUGUUCCAAAAACCAUACGCGGAGUCGAAAAAUUCAAAUGAUGAUAUAGCCACGAUUGUCACUGGCAUUCUUCAACCUGGGCAAAUUUCUCGCUUUAUUCUUGUCCUUCCACGGAUCUUUUUGGACAAUGCUCAUGCAGCCAUUCCAACCUUACACUCUACCGUACGAAGACAGUUCGUGGUUAGUGCAAACAAACUUACCUUUGAAGGCGAGGCAGCGUCUAGAGAGGCGUUUUGGUUCCGUGAGGAAUUCUUGAAACGCAUUCAAGGCUCGUGGAAAGAGGAAUCGACUGGUCGGGAAGGCAAUAUAGACCUCCGAAGUAUAAGAUUUAACCCAAGGAUGGUGGACGCAAUGCGUCUUGAAGAUGUCGAAAUAACAUUUUCCUUGUCUUCUUUCGAUGAAAAACAACCUGUUUCCCAAACAAAAGUAUCAAAAUUUGUCGCUAAAACCAAUGAUUUCCUCACACUCACAGUAGAAAUUGUCAAUCGAUCUUCCAGACCAAUACACCCCUUGCUGCGUAUACAGCCUGGUCUUCAUAAUCAGCCAGGAACCAUUGCACUUGAUUUAGCAAAACGGCUUGCAUGGACUGGUAUGCUACAAAGGGCUCUGCCUGUAUUGGCUGGUGGUGAAAAGACAAGUGCCACUUUGGGAGUCACCGUGUUGUGCCGAGGGGAAUAUGACUUUGGGGCUAGCGUGGAAGAAGUACGGCUUAUGAAGCCGAUUCCGGUGGGCAAAGGUGCUUCUCCUUCAAUGGAGGGGAAUACCAGUGACGAAAUGAUCAUACCGGACACAUUUGGUGCAGAUACGAUUAAAACAAGACAUAUAUGGCAUGCAAGAGAACAUUGUAUACUUGCUGCUCAUGACUGACAGCAUUUACCUUGUUCAACGCCGAUUUCCUGCUGAUCGCAUGGUGUGUUGCAGUAUUAUCCUUGAAAUACCCAGGCUGUUUAUAUAUAUAUUUAUUUAUUCAUUUACUCGUCGACUUAAAAGGAGUCCUUAACGAUAUCAUGCUGAUGUAAUUAAGUUUGAAAUAGGAUACCGGUGUGUCCAUAUAUAUACUUUAGUCAUUAACGUGCAAUUCUACAUGUAGUGAUAUCUGCAAACUUUC